AUGGGCGAUGCGGUGGAGCACGAGGGCUUCAACGAUCCUAGCCUAUGGUUGGUUCAAGACUUCAGAAAAGAAACUCGAGAGCGCAAUCCAAACCUACAUCUCAAAAUGUCGGGCCAAUUCGGGUUUAUGGGCAAGAUCGGUGCCACCGACGAAGCUGUCGCCGUCCUCAACGACCAACCUUACAUCUUCACCAUCCUCGUCGUCGUCCUUGUCAUCCUCAUCCUGCAGAUCACCUUCCACUGGUACAUCCACCACGCCACCCUGAAGCCUGAGCAGAUCAAGAAGAAGGAGCCCAAGGGCGCGAAGAAGAAACCCGCCGCCCCCGCCUCAGGAGCGAAACCGCCGGCCGCACGAUAG